AUGAAUGAAAUUCACAAGCGAGUUCGAGAAAUGGAUCCCGAAUGGUACGAACAGAACGUGUUGCAACGUCUGGGUCAGAAAUUGUCACGGAUCACGAGACGAAAGAAACGACAACAAUCGCCACCACAAAAGCAACGACCACAAAGGACGCUUCGAAUCGACCAAAAAGAGGAUCAAGAUGUAAUUGAUUUGUUGGACAACGACGUCGACUUUGCAACACCAUCUCCACGACGGAAUAAGAUUUCAGACAUGCCAAUACAAACAAAUUCCAAACCACCGCCACCACCAGGAAUUGUCAAAGAAGCGACCAAACCUACAACCAGAACCCAAUCCUCGCCACCAUUGCAAUCAAAAGAGAAAAAAGCACCAAGAAGGGAACCUCUAGAGCCAGAACCAACAAUGAGGACGUCAGGAACACGAAAAAAGAAAUUGUCAACACUAUUCAAUCGAGAAACGAGAAGCGACGAUCGUGCCGCUCAAGAAAACGCCCAACUAGCAGCUCAAAAAGUAGCCGUAGAAAACAAAAUACAACACGAGAUUGACUUGAUGGAAGCUGAGACAAAGGAAGAAGAGGUGGUCGAGGCUGCUGCUCGAGCUGAGCGAUUGAAAGCAGAAAAGAAGAAAGCUGAAGAAGAGGCUGCAAUAGCUCGCGUUGCAGCCGAAAAGGAGGCACACGAGAUGACAGAGACCGCUAGAGUUGAAGCUGAGCAGAAGGUCGCCGCAGAGAAGAAGGCUCGAGAGGAAGCUGAAACCGCUCGAAUUGCAGCCGAAAAGAAGGCACAAGAGGUAGCAGAGGCUGCUAGAGCUGAAGCUGAGAGAUUGGCAACCGAGAAGAAAGCGCACGAAGAAGCCGAAGAAGUCAGAGCUGAGGCCGAGAAGAAGGCACAAGACGAAUCAGAGGUUGCUAGAGCUGAAGCUAAGAGAUUGGUAGCCGAAAAGGAGUCACAGGGAGAAGCAGAAGCAGCCAAGAUUGAAAUCCAGAAGAAGGCACAAGAGGUGGCCGAAGCUGCUAGGGCCGAAGCUGAGAGAUUGGCAGCCGAUAAGAAGAAAGCUCGAGAAGAAGCCAAAGCCGUCAGAAUUGAAGCUGAGAUUCAUGCACAAGAGGUGACCAAGGCUGCUAGAGCCGAAGCUGAGAACAAGGCAGCCGCACAGAAGAAGGCGCAAGAGGAGGCUGAAGGCGCUCGCAUUGAAGCCGAGAGGAAUGGACAAGAGCUGGCAGAAGCUGCUAGAGCUGUAGCUGAGAAAUUGGAAAUCGAGAAGAAGGCACAGGAAGAGGCCGAAGCUGUUAGAGCUGAAGCUGAAAAGAAGAUAGCCGAAGAGAAGAAGGCUCGAGAGGAGGCUGAAGCCGCUCGUAUUGCAGCCAAAACGAAGGCACAAGAGGUAGCAGAGGCUGCUAGAGCUGAAGCUGAGAAGAAGGUAGCCGCAGAGAAGAAGGCUCGAGAGGAGGCUGAAGCCGCUCGUAUUGCAGCCGAAAGGAAGGCAGAAGAGAUAGCAGAAGUUGCUAGAGCUGAAGCUGAGAAGAAGAUAACCGCAGAGAAGAAGGCUCGAGAGGAGGCUGAAGCCGCUCGUAUUGCAGCCGAAAGGAAGGCAGAAGAGAUAGCAGAAGUUGCUAGAGCUGAAGCUGAGAAAAAGAUAGCUGCAGAGAAGAAGGCUCGGGAGGAAGCUGAAGCCGCUCGUAUUGCAGCCGAAAGGAAGGCACAAGAGGUGGCUGAAGCUGCUAGAGCUGAAGCUGAAAAGAAGGUCUCCAAAGAGAAGAAGGCUCGGGAGGAAGCUGAAGCCGCUCGUAUUGCAGCCGAAAGGAAGGCACAAGAGGUGGCUGAAGCUGCUAGAGCUGAAGCUGAAAAGAAGGUCGCCAAAGAGAAGAAAGCUCGGGAGGAAGCUGAAGCCGCUCGUAUUGCAGCCGAAAGGAAGGCACAAGAGGUGGCUGAAGCUGCUAGAGCUGAAGCUGAAAAGAAGGUCGCCAAAGAGAAGAAGGCUCGGGAGGAAGCUGAAGCCGCUCGUAUUGCAGCCGAAAGGAAGGCACAAGAGGUGGCCGAAGCUGCUAGAGCUGGAGCUGAAGCUGAAGCUGAAAAGAAGGUCGCCGAAGAGAAGAAGGCUCGAGAGGAGGCUGAAUUCGCUCGUAUUGCAGCUGAAAAGAAGGCACAGGAGGUAGCAGAGGCUGCCAGAGCCGAAGCGGAAAAGAAGAUAGCCGAAGAGAAGAAGGCAGCCGCCGCAAAGAAAGCAGAGGAAGAAGCUGAGACUAGUAGACUAGCUGAAGAAAGGCAGGCACAGGAAAAGGCCAAAGAGGAUGCCGACAAAAUUGCAGCUCAGGAAGCAGCCGCAGAAAAGAGAGCAAAGGACGAGGCCGAAACAACCAGAGCUCGAGUGGAGAAGAUUGCAGCCGAAACAAGAGCAAAGGAAGAAGCUGAUGCUGCCGCCGUAGAGAAGAAGGCACAGGAAGACGCUGAGGCAGAAAGGAUGGUAGCUGAUACGAAAGCACGAGAGGAGGCGGAAGAAGCCAGAAUUUCAGCUGAAAAGAGGGCAAGCGAGAAGAGACUCAGAGAGGAAGCAGAGGCCGCUAGAAUUGUAGCUGAGAAGAAAGCUCGAGUGGAAGCCGAGGCCACAAGGUUGGCUAAAGAGAAGCGUGCACAAGAAGAAGUCGAAGCUGCCAGAAUUGCCGCGGAAAAGGCUGACAAUGAGAAGAAGGCUCAAGUAGCUGCUCAAAUUGCCCGAAAGGAGGCCGAAGGUGCACGAGUUGCAGCUGACAAAAAGAGGCAGGCAGAAAUGGAGACUGCUAGACUAGCCGAAGAGAACCGAGCAAAAGAAGAGGCUGAAGCCGCCAGAGUUGCUGCUGAAAAGGCUACCGCUGAUGUAAAAGCAAAAGAAGUCGAGGCGGUCAGAAUUGCCAUGGAAAGGGCUGAAGCUGUUCGAGUAGCAUCCGAAAGGAAGGCCAAAGAAGAUUCUGAAGUAAAAGAACCAAAGAAGGAAGUAGGGGAAGCAGAGAUCGCUCUAUACAGGGAUGGAAGGAGUCUACAAAUGGUACCGAUGAGAAAGUUGACAGGCUUGGGAUAUACUCUUUCCGAUGUCUCAAAGCUGGAGAGCGCCGCUUUGGCUAUCAUUGUGGAGGAUAGCAUUCCUCGCCCUAAAUCUGGAGUUCCAUCUCAGUGGAAGGUUAGGAAUCCCGAAUCGAGGAGUGACAUUGUGUUUGCAGCUACAAUUGAAGAAGCAAAAAAGAUAAUGCAAUCUGACCUUGAAACGCAGAGUAAACGAAGGACCAAUGGUCGACAAAGAGUGCAGGGGCAAGGGACUGACAAUUCGGAAGAGAAAUCAUCCGAACCAAACUUAUCCAGAGAGCCAUCUUCGGGUUCUCGUCAGAGAAGAACCUUUGAAAAAAGGGAAUUGUCUGAAAAUGAAACUGAAAGUAUUGACUCUGAGAGCCCGGUAACCGCCCGUGCAUCCGGUCAGGCCCCGGUAGAGAAUCAGGAUUUCACACCUGAUGGAAGGAGGAUGAGAAGCCCACAAAAACCGAGCAUUUCAGAAAGCGAUACCCUGAACGAAAAGCGAAGUCGCCCUCGACCCCCAGGCUUUGCAACGAAUGGUGCUACCAGCAAUCGUCCAAGACCACGUACAAAACGAGGGGAUGAGGCGUCCAGACGGAUCUAUGACGUGCGCAGACCCUUGAACCCGAAGGCUUCGUCUCCAUCCAGACCAGACCCCCCUUCUCCUUCAAUGUUUUGGCCUGAUAUCGAUACCUUCCGCGGUCUUCUUCGUAGUGAAGCACAACUUCGAUUGCGCCUUCUUGGGUCCGACUGGGAGAAGACCGUCAGACAAGAGAGUGAAUGGAGAUUGGAUUUGUACAAAGAAUGGCUUUGGACAUUGCACAACGGAGUUGGGGAGUCCAUGGUUCCACCAAGCAGAUACGAACGUGCCAGACGAACACAAGUAAGUGGGGAAGGAAGAAAGCCCAGAAGAGAUAAAGUGAAGACAGACAGCGCACCAAAUGAUGGAAACAAAAGGAGUCGUGACCGACGCUCUAGAUAG